AUGGCCGCCGUCGCCACCGCUAGAUCCGUCCUCCGCGCGGCUACUCUCCGUAACGCCGCUCCGAGGGUCGCCUCGGCCGCGGGAAGAGCGGUUGGCCGACCCGCCGCUCGCCUCCGGCCCUCUGGUGAUGCCUCACGGAUCCUGAUCAGGUAGAGUUUGCUCCGUCGAACCUGAUUCCUGUUCUCAGCCGCAUUCGAUAUUUCUAUUAAUUUUUGUAUAUGUCGAUCCGUAGGUCGCCCGCUGAGAUGAGUAGCUUCUGCGUGGAGUCUCUCAUGCCGAUGCACAGUGCCACGGCGUCCGCCCUGAUGACUUCGAUGCUAGCUGUCUCUCGCCGUGGCUACGGAUGGCUCUUGGAAGGUACUAUAGCAUAUUACAACGUUGUUAGCUGGAUGUCUUGGUCUGCUUGCGUAUUUCUACUGUUCUUGAUUAGGUGGUCUAUCUGCAGAUGAAGUCUGUGGCUGAAUGCUUGUCAUAAAUACACAAUUUUUGUAUCGUCAUUAUUUUGUUUUUUAAUGGAAUUGAUCACUGAAGAUUAUUACUUUCUGUGUAAUGUGAUGUUGCCUAAUUUUAUGCCUUGCUCAAUUUAUUUGGACACCCCUUUUAUUUCGUUGUGAUUUUAUCGUCUGUUCAUAAUAAGUAGAAAGAAGUCUGGGGUGCGUUUGCCCACCUAACUCCCCUUUCCUUGUGUUUCUUAGAUGAGCAGAUAGGGAGAUGGAGUUAGUUUCACCUCGUCAAGUUAGGUCUUCAACUAAUAUCUUCGUUAUUCAAGCGAAUCAUACGUAAUACAAUUGCUCUAGGGCUACAUAAUUAUGCAAAACCGACAAGAAGGGAGUUGAAGUCAUCAAAUAUGUGAAAAAUAUGUAGAAAACCUUGAAAGAGAAGGAGAUAGACUAUUUUCACUGAAAAAUGUAUUAGGCUCUCUCUGACGUUGGUGAAAUGUACCUAAAGAGUGAUUACAUUGCAUACUGGUUCCUUAUGUUUUUGUCGUUCAGAAGCAUCCAUCUGCGAAAAUUCUUCCUUUUCUAUGUGUACAGACACCGACAUUUUUCACCAAGUCUUAGAAUCUUCAUUACAUCUAGGUCGGUGUUACUUCUUUGUUUCUGUGUAAUUUCCAUGGAUCAUUUUCAGUUCCCUGGAAAUGUCGUGUUUCCUUCCCUCAGCUCUCAGACAUUGUAUUUUGUUUCAUAUCAUUAAUUGCUUUUGUUUUUCUUCUUAAUUUCAAGUGAGUUAUUGGGGAUUGUUGAUUCCAUGGGCUUUUGUCUCCAUCUAUUCCUCUGCUUUUGAUUUACUAUUAGCACGACAAACAUAUUUGUAAAACAUGAAAAGCGGAAAGAACUAGAUGA